AGCCCGAGCCCCAUCCCCGCAUUACAGGUAACUAACAACAUGGCGAGCCGGGCCGGGCCGGCGCUCUGAGCAUCCCCCCGCUGCCUCACAGCCGCCGCGGGCGGCCAGGGCGGGGCAGGGAGCGGCUGCGCCUGCCUGGCCGCCGAGCCGCGCACGGGAGCCGAGGGCGGCAGCGCGAUGGCAGUCUCCGAGCUCUACACAAAGUAUGCCAGGGUUUGGAUCCCUGAUCCAGAGGAAGUCUGGAAGUCAGCAGAACUUCUCAAAGAUUAUAAACAAGGAGAUAAAGUCAUCCAGCUUCGACUCGAAGAGGGAAAGGAAUUAGAAUAUUGCCUUGAUCCUAAGACCAAGGAACUGCCUCCCUUACGAAACCCUGACAUACUUGUUGGUGAAAAUGAUCUCACAGCACUCAGUUAUCUCCAUGAACCUGCUGUUCUACACAACCUCAAAGUUCGCUUUAUUGAUUCAAAACUCAUUUAUACCUAUUGCGGUAUCGUCUUAGUAGCCAUAAAUCCUUAUGAGCAGCUGCCUAUCUAUGGCGAAGAUAUCAUCAAUGCAUACAGUGGUCAGAAUAUGGGGGAUAUGGAUCCACACAUCUUUGCUGUGGCUGAAGAAGCAUAUAAACAGAUGGCCAGAGAUGAACGGAAUCAGUCAAUCAUUGUAAGUGGGGAAUCUGGAGCAGGAAAGACUGUCUCUGCUAAGUAUGCCAUGAGAUACUUUGCCACUGUAAGUGGUUCUGCCAGUGAAGCUAAUGUUGAAGAGAAAGUACUGGCUUCCAACCCUAUCAUGGAGUCCAUCGGAAAUGCCAAAACCACAAGGAAUGACAACAGUAGUCGUUUUGGGAAGUACAUUGAAAUUGGUUUCGAUAAGAGGUACCGAAUCAUUGGUGCUAACAUGAGAACUUACCUCUUAGAAAAAUCAAGAGUGGUAUUUCAGGCAGAAGAGGAGAGAAAUUAUCACAUUUUCUACCAGCUCUGUGCCUCUGCAGCAUUACCUGAGUUUAAAACACUGCGAUUAGGGAAUGCAAAUUACUUUCACUAUACGAAGCAAGGAGGUAGUCCAGUGAUUGACGGCAUUGAUGAUGCUAAGGAAAUGGUACACACCAGACAGGCCUGCAAUUUGCUAGGGAUUAAUGAUUCCCACCAGAUGGGAAUCUUUCGAAUCCUUGCUGGGAUCCUUCACCUGGGCAACGUGGGGUUUACCUCUCGGGAUGCUGACAGCUGCACGAUCCCCCACAAACAUGAACCCCUCACCAUCUUCUGUGACCUCAUGGGUGUGGAGUACCAAGAGAUGUCCCACUGGCUUUGCCAUAGGAAGCUUGCUACUGCCUCUGAGACCUACAUCAAACCAAUUUCCAAACUGCAGGCCAUCAAUGCCAGAGAUGCUCUUGCCAAACAUAUCUAUGCUAAACUCUUUAACUGGAUUGUUGAUCAUGUGAACAAAGCUCUGCAUUCUACUGUAAAGCAGCAUUCUUUCAUUGGCGUAUUGGACAUUUACGGGUUCGAGACAUUUGAGAUAAACAGCUUUGAACAGUUUUGUAUAAACUAUGCCAAUGAAAAACUGCAGCAACAGUUCAAUAUGCAUGUCUUUAAGCUGGAACAGGAGGAAUAUAUGAAGGAACAAAUUCCAUGGACCUUGAUUGAUUUCUAUGACAAUCAGCCUUGUAUUAAUCUCAUAGAGGCCAAAUUGGGCAUUUUGGAUCUGCUAGAUGAGGAAUGUAAGAUGCCUAAAGGAUCAGAUGACUCUUGGGCCCAGAAAUUGUAUAAUACACAUUUGAAGAAAUGUGCACUCUUCGAAAAACCACGUAUGUCAAACAAAGCUUUUAUCAUACAACACUUUGCUGACAAGGUGGAAUAUCAGUGUGAAGGCUUUCUGGAAAAGAACAAAGACACAGUUUAUGAAGAACAAAUCAAGGUCCUAAAAUCAAGUAAGAAGUUUAAGAUGCUGUCAGAGUUGUUUCAGGAUGAGGAGAAGGCCCUUAGUCCCACCUCAGCAACCCCUUCAGGUCGCACGCUGCUGUCUCGCACUGCUGUAAAACCCGCCAAGGCCAAACCAGGCCAAGCAAGCAAGGAACAUAAGAAAACUGUGGGACAUCAGUUUCGGAACUCUCUUCAUCUGCUGAUGGAAACCCUUAAUGCUACAACUCCACACUACGUGCGUUGUAUUAAGCCCAAUGACUUCAAGUUUCCAUUCACGUUUGAUGAAAAGCGGGCAGUUCAGCAGCUCAGAGCUUGUGGUGUUCUGGAAACUAUCCGGAUCAGCGCAGCUGGCUUCCCCUCAAGGUGGACGUAUCAAGAGUUCUUCAGCCGCUACCGUGUCCUGAUGAAGCAAAAAGAUGUCCUUAGUGACAGAAAACAGACAUGCAAAAAUUUGUUGGAGAAGCUGAUUCUGGACAAGGAUAAGUACCAGUUUGGUAAGACAAAAAUAUUUUUUCGGGCUGGUCAAGUAGCCUAUCUGGAAAAAAUAAGAGCAGAUAAACUGAGAGUUGCCUGCAUCCGCAUCCAGAAGACAAUCCGAGGGUGGCUGAUGCGAAAGAAGUACCUGCGCAUGAGGAAAGCAGCCAUCACCAUUCAGAGAUAUGUCAGAGGGUACCAGGCACGAUGCUAUGCCAAAUUCUUGCGAAGAACCAGGGCUGCCAUCCUAAUUCAGAAGUUCCAGCGCAUGUAUGUGGUUCGCAAAAGAUACCAUCUCAUGCGAGCUGCCACUAUUGUGCUUCAGUCACUUUUACGAGGUUACAUAGCAAGGAACAAAUACCAGAGGAUGCUUCGAGAGCACAAGGCCAUUAUUAUUCAGAAGCAUGUGCGGGGCUGGCUGGCUCGUGUGCGCUACCAUAGGAGCUUGAAGGCAAUUGUGUACCUGCAAUGCUGCUACAGGCGUAUGAUGGCCAAAAGGGAACUGAAGAAGCUGAAGAUAGAGGCGCGCUCUGUGGAACGGUACAAGAAACUCAAUAUUGGGAUGGAGAACAAGAUCAUGCAGCUGCAGCGUAAAGUUGAUGAGCAGAACAAAGACUACAAAUCCCUGCUGGAGAAACUAACUAACCUGGAAACCACGUACAACACAGAGACCGAGAAGCUGCGGGGUGAUGUGGAAAGGCUUCGCAUGAGUGAGGAGGAGGCUAAGAAUGCCACGAACCGUGUGAAUAUGCUCCAAGAGGAGAUCACCAAGCUUCGAAAGGAGCUGCACAAAACACAGUCUGAGAAGAAGACAAUUGAGGAAUGGGCAGACAAAUACAAACAGGAAACAGAGCAGUUGGUAUCAGAACUGAAAGAGCAAAACACAUCACUGAAAAAGGAAAAGGAGGAGCUGAAUCGUCGCAUCCAUGAUCAGGCCAAGGAGAUGACAGAGACCAUGGAGAAGAAGCUUAUUGAGGAAACGAAACAGCUGGAGUUAGAUCUGAAUGAUGAAAGGUUAAGGUAUCAGAAUCUGCUGAAUGAGUUCAGCCGCUUAGAGGAGCGCUAUGAGGAUCUCAAGGAUGAGGUGAAUCUGAUGGUGAGCAUCCCCAAGCCUGGGCACAAAAGAACGGAUUCCACACACAGCAGCAAUGAAUCUGAAUAUACAUUUAGCUCUGAGAUUACAGAGACAGAAGACUUACCACUGAGAAUGGAGGAGCCAAGUGAGAAAAAGGCGCCGCUGGACAUGUCUCUGUUCCUCAAACUGCAGAAACGGGUUACAGAGCUGGAGCAGGAAAAGCAAUCCUUGCAGGAUGAACUGGACAGGAAGGAGGAACAGGCUCUCCGCACCAAGACCAGGGAGGAGGAGGAAAGGCCCCCAGUGAGAGGCGCAGAACUAGAGUAUGAGUCACUUAAGCGUCAAGAACUUGAAUCUGAGAACAAGAAGCUGAAGAAUGAGCUGAAUGAGCUGCAGAAGGCUCUUUUGGAGAAGAGCUCUCCAGUGGUGACGGCUCCUGGUGCCCCUGCCUAUAGAGUUCUCCUGGAUCAGCUGACCUCAGUAAGUGAGGAACUAGAUGUACGCAAAGAAGAAGUCCUCAUCCUGAGGUCUCAGCUGGUGAGUCAGAAGGAGGCUAUUCAACCCAAGGAGGAUAAGAAUACUAUGACAGAUUCUACAAUCCUCUUGGAGGAUGUACAGAAGAUGAAAGACAAAGGAGAAAUAGCACAGGCAUAUAUUGGGCUAAAGGAAACAAACAGGCUCCUAGAAUCUCAGCUUCAGUCCCAGAAAAAGAGUCACGACAAUGAGCUGGAAGCUCUCCGGGGUGAGAUUCAGAGUUUGAAGGAGGAGAAUAACCGCCAGCAGCAGCUUUUAGCACAGAACCUGCAGCUGCCCCCGGAGGCCCGGAUUGAGGCCAGUCUACAGCAUGAGAUCACCCGGCUGACUAAUGAAAACUUGUUUUAUGAGGAGUUAUAUGCAGAUGACCCCAUGAAGUAUCAGUCGUAUCGGAUUUCACUUUACAAACGGAUGAUUGAUUUAAUGGAGCAGCUUGAAAAGCAGGACAAGACAGUUCGCAAGCUGAAAAAGCAGCUGAAAGUGUUUGCUAAAAAGAUUGGUGAACUUGAAGUGGGCCAGAUGGAAAACAUUUCGCCUGGGCAAAUCAUUGAUGAACCCAUACGUCCAGUUAAUAUUCCACGGAAAGAAAAGGACUUCCAAGGAAUGUUAGAAUAUAAGAAGGAUGAUGAGCCAAAACUGGUCAAGAAUCUUAUUUUAGAUCUGAAACCACGUGGUGUAGCAGUCAAUCUGAUCCCAGGACUACCAGCAUAUAUAUUAUUCAUGUGUGUCCGCCAUGCUGAUUACCUUAAUGAUGAUCAAAAAGUGAGAUCAUUGCUGACUUCCACUAUUAAUGGCAUCAAAAAAGUAUUGAAGAAAAGAGGUGACGACUUUGAAACGGUCUCCUUCUGGCUAUCUAACACCUGCCGAUUUUUGCACUGUCUGAAGCAGUAUAGUGGAGAAGAGGGAUUUAUGAAGCACAACACACCUCGUCAGAAUGAACACUGCCUCACCAAUUUUGACUUGGCUGAAUACAGACAGGUAUUGAGUGACUUGGCUAUUCAGAUCUACCAGCAGCUCGUCAGAGUGUUAGAGAAUAUACUGCAGCCAAUGAUUGUUUCAGGAAUGCUGGAGCAUGAAACUAUUCAAGGCGUCUCAGGGGUAAAGCCACCAGGGCUGCGAAAGAGAACGUCCAGUAUUGCUGAUGAAGGGACCUACACGCUGGACUCUAUCAUUAGACAGCUGAACACAUUCCACUCGGUAAUGUGUCAGCAUGGUAUGGAUCCGGAGUUGAUCAAGCAAGUUGUCAAGCAAACGUUCUACAUCACUGGGGCAGUAACCCUGAAUAACCUCCUCCUGCGCAAGGACAUGUGCUCCUGGAGCAAAGGGAUGCAGAUACGGUACAAUGUGAGUCAACUUGAAGAAUGGCUACGUGACAAAAAUUUGAUGAAUAGUGGGGCUAAAGAAACACUGGAGCCUCUCAUUCAGGCUGCACAGUUGUUGCAGGUGAAAAAGAAGACGGAUGAAGAUGCAGAAGCCAUUUGUUCAAUGUGCAAUGCUCUAACUACUGCACAGAUUGUAAAAGUUUUGAAUUUGUAUACUCCAGUUAAUGAGUUUGAAGAAAGGGUCUCAAUAUCAUUUAUACGUACGAUACAGAUGCGUUUACGAGACAGGAAAGACUCUCCUCAGCUGCUAAUGGAUGCUAAACACAUCUUUCCUGUUACUUUUCCAUUUAAUCCAUCCUCCCUUGCAUUAGAAACCAUUCAAAUUCCAGCCAGCUUGGGCCUAGCAUUCAUCUCACGUGUCUGAACCAAGGAUGCACUGUCAGCUGUUGACAAUGAGUCUGUUGCCUGAAAUCUGAAUCCAUUAAAACCCUAGUGAGCCACUGAAAAUACGUUUUUGAAGGGACAACACUGUAUAUGCCCAGAUUUUUAGUAUGGGUAGCUGCAAAUCUACAUAACUGUACCACAACUGGAAGGCUGGCAGAAAGAUGUGCAUUUGUAUAGGUCAUUAUUUUCAUGUAGACACAUUACUGAUUGUUACGUUUCCAGAGUAUGAAUAUAGGGCUUGGGCGAAAAUUGUCUUCAGCUGCCUAGAGACAUUUUUAGAUCUUUAGUAACAUAUUUAAAUAGUGUACAUUAAAAUCCAUACACAAUCUGCUCAUAGGCAGGGACCAAUAAGGACAGACACGGUACAAUAAGUGGAGGACUGGAAGUAAUGCAUUUUGUAGUAGAAUACAUAGUCAUGUAGGAAUCUGUUUCUCCAUUAGAGUUUUUGACAAUUUAAACAUAGCAAACUGGCAAUAUAUAAAAUAAUUUGUUAAACAGCUUCCUUAUUUAUGUCAGUAUGGCAUAAAUUAUGAAGUAUUAGUCUUUUGGCUUACUAUGCGAUAUAACAUAGGUGUUCAUUUGUUAGUACUGUGGUUUACUAAACAUAUUAAACUGCUGCUGAGUAUUGUGUUCUUUAAAAUGUAUGACAGUAUCCUUUAUUAGGCACUAAAAUAAGAGACUUCACUUUUUAUUAUCAACUUUGUUUACAGUCCAAUGCAAUCUAUUCGUUUAACUGGAUUUAUGCAAAUGUCAACAAAUAUCACCUGGACAGAAAAAUGGUAACUAAGCACAAGUAGCACACUGGAAGUUAGAUGAUAGUUUUCUUUAAAGAUAGGGCACUAAAAUACUCGUCUUGUGACAAAAUGAACAAAAGUCAGUCAUGAUUAUAAUAUUUAUUUCAUAUUUUGUAGUUGGUCAGGGUUUUUACUUUGUCCAAUUUUAGUCCAAGGAAGUGGCAUUAUAUUUUUUCAAUAUCAUCCAUUUUAUGUCUUUGCCACACUUUUUAAGAUGUAUUCUCAAAUAGCUGGAAUGAAAGGAGAAAUUCCUUGAGUAGUCCAAUACCUUCAUUAGUCUAUAUAUUGGCUUCUGGAAACAUACAACAAACACUGACUGGGAGGGGAGUAUUUAAAAUUGUGCAGUUUGUGAAUCUAUCCACAUAGUUCAAUGAACCUAUUUAACAAAAGGGUUACUUCAUGCUAGAAAAAUGGUUUAAAAAAAAAAUCUAUAAAGUGUUCUGUAAGAUCCAGACUGCACAAUGAGAAAUUAUCAGAAAGAAUAUUCCCUCUUUCACGCCUCAGAUCUGCUCCAGUGUGGAAUUUAUUUUUCAAAAUGUACAACAAUUAAGUCAGAGGCCUUGGUCAACACUCUGUUUCUGAAUUUUAAAACAUGGUCAGUGAUGUAUGGUUCAAAUAUACAUAUGAAAAAGUUGCACAUUACUAAAUUGCAGUGUGCAAUAUUUUAAUGUAUCAUGCAACUUAGCAUGAACAUUUAUUUCUUUAAAAGAACAGAAAAAUAUUCUAUAGGUAUACUCGUAGAAUGUUCUGGUACUAAUCAGCCUGCGAACCUAUAGAAUAAUUUUGCUAUCAGCUGAGCAGACCAAUACAUUUCAGUUAUGUUUUAUUUGAGAUAUAUACAUGCACCUUAUAUAUGGUGACUGAUAAAAUGUAUAAUAAAGAAAGCUUGAUCUUUGUCAGUACCAUUUUGAAAUGCUUAUGCCUUUUUAUUUUCAGAAGUGUUUGCCCAUUUUUUGUGUUUGAUAGCUCACUACUGAUAUGUUCAGGUACCUACAAGUAAGAAUUGCAUCUUUAAUUUGGAUGAUCUUUGUUAAAUUAUUUAAAUUAUUUUCAUAUGCAAAGUAAACCAAAAGCACUUCAUUCAAAUAUGUUUGUUACUUUAUCUCUGAGGCCAAGGAUAAUAUAAGCUGGCUCCAAAUGCAUUAUAAUAUAAUAUGGUGGAGUGUACUAAUCUUUCAAAGUUUCAGGAAGUACUGCACUUGUUAAUAUGUCCUGAAAAAGCCCUGGUAUCCAGUAAUAGCAUAAGAGCAGGAAAUAGGUGAAAACAUUUAGAAAAAUAGAAACUUUUUCCCUCCUGUUUAAAUAAAACUGGCAUAACAGUAUAUUUAUACUGUAGAUCAGGAAAUAUAUCUACUACUUAAACACAUAGUUAUGAAAAUUUAUGUUAAAAUGUAUUUUUGUUCUUAAAAUUUGUUUACCUGUAUAAAGCCUUACUGCGUCUUGUUUCCUUAACAAAGUAGUAGUAAGUUGUUUAUAGGUAUUAUCCUUAAACUCAGUGGUUUGAGUAGUGUUACAUUUAUAUCACAUUAAAAGUGUAUGCUGCUUGACAUGUUUUAAAGGAAAAUAUUUCUAAGUUGAAAUAGAUGUGUACUUGGUAAAUCAUCUAAAAUUUUACAUAACAGUAUUUUACAUGCACUUUUCAAAAAAAGAAUUUUAGUGUUGAUUUAUGAUAUAAAAUAUUUUUCACCUUAGGUUUAAGGUCUCUUUAAAUAACCGUGGAAACAAAUAUGAACAUCUUUUAAAAACUUAUAUUUUUUCCUUUGAAUCAUGGUUAUGCUCUUUUAAUGUGGACACAACUUUUAUAUUUUAAUUUAUUAUCUAUUGAUAUAGUAGAUUCUGUUGGAUGCUGGAAAUUAUUAAUUUGUCAACGUCCCUUUUGACAUAUAUAACCAUUCUAAAGAUGUUGCACAAUAAUUACCUCAUUUAAUUUGGUAUAUUUUUAGUCCAGCGAUUAUUUUGCUCUGCCUUUUGCAACAUAAUCUUCUAUCCAAAUUUUAACAAAUUGCUACCCAGGCUUUAAUCCGAGAUGGAACUUGGAAGUGCUUAAAGAAUUUUGCUUUAUUAAAUGUGAUUAUUCUGAUCAAGUAGACUAGAUUAGAAAGAUAUGGUAUACUUCAUCUUUGAAAAGUUUAUUUUUUUUUAAAUCCGUUAACAGUUGUUCCAUACCUGGAAACACCAGCAUUUGAAAGUUGAAGGUCUAUAUCAUUUAAGAUUUAAAACUGAACGCAUUUCAAAAUAUCAUACAAGAACUCUGAGAGAAUGACUUUUGUUUUUUAAGAUGCUGAUAAUUCAUCUGAUAAAUAAAAGCCUUUAAACAGGUUUUCACUCUAUACCACCACAGUACAUGGAUGAAAACCGAAACAAUUCAGAAUGACAUAUGCUUUGAAAUGUUGUUGUGUCUGAUGUUGUAUUUAGUAAAUGUGUGCAUCAUAAACACUGUAUCCUAUUAGCUGUCACUGAAAAAUAAAAAACUCUACAGCUGUU